AACAAUGAAUGUGACUAAACCGGAAGCUUUGUACACACCUGCCUCGAUCGUUUUUUUAAAAAAAUCGUCUGCCAGCAAUACAAGUUCGUGGUUCAACAGAGCAAAAGCCAAAGAUAAAGAUGUUGUAAGCAGUUUCCGACUGUAUGCCAGAGGCAAACCUUUGUCAUAGUGUCAUGUAUUUUUGUGGUUUCACGGAAGAGUGGCUCCGUGACGUCAUGCUGUGCAUGACACGAAGUUUGGAUGGUACACAGUUCAUGUAAACAGAUAUGUCAUCUUCCACCUCACAUCGCGCACAGCUCAACAGACUGAUCACUUCACGCUAUCUAUGAUAAUGUGUGUGGGUGGGUGGUGUGUGUGUGCAAUAUAUAUUAUCUCCCCAUCACACAGUCGACUACGUCCCUUGGCAGUGUACACGGUGUUAGCUCGCGACUGAGGUUCACUCGAGUAGACAGCGCUCACAGUCACACAUUCCUUCACCUUCCCCUUUGACCCGAGGACUAUUGAUGCGUGAACACACAGCUGUACACAAGACAUCAUGUCUCUGGCAGGCAAAGUGGCCUUUGUAACAGGUGCUGCACAAGGCUUGGGAAAGGCCUUUUCAGAAGCUUUGUUGAAGAAAGGUGCAAAGGUAUGUCUAUCUGAUAUACAAGUAUCCCAAGGAGAAACAACUCUUGCAGAAUUCCAGAGGCAGUAUGGACGUGACAGCUCCUUGUUCAUCAAGUGUGAUGUGACAUCACCCAAAGACUUUGAAAAAGCAUUUGAGACUGUUAUCAGCUGCUUUGGUGGCUUGGACAUCAUGGUGAACAAUGCUGGUAUUGCCAAUGAACACAACUAUGCAUUGAUGGUAAACAUAAAUUUGACAGGGGUGAUUACUGGGACCAACAUGGCCAUAGAUCUAAUGAACAGAGAAAAGGGAGGACGAGGCGGUGUCAUUGUCAAUAUUGCUUCCACUGCAGGUAUUACUCCAGAAGCCUACUUUGCUCCAAUAUAUACUGGGACAAAGCAUGGUGUUGUGGGAUUCACCAGAUGCUGGUCAAUGAAUCCCUACAUAGCAAAGAUGGGCCUCCGGUUUGCCUGCUUGUGUCCAGCUUUUACAGACACUCAGAUUCUUUGCUCAACGAUCACAGAUUACCCAGAGGAUGCUCAAAAAAUUAUUCAGCAAGUGGGCAUCAACAAGGUGGAAACAGUGACUGAAGGCUUCAUGCAGCUGGUGGAAGACAACCAGUGUAACGGAGCAGUCAUGGUCAUCACCGCACAGAAUGGGAUUCAAUAUCACAGAAAGCCUCAUGGCAUCAGCAGAAUGUGAAGUUCCAGGCUACAUAAUCCAACUAGUUUGUACUGGUUGUUAAGUUGCUUAAAAAAGACAGAUCACAGUGGCGAGCUUUGCACUUCAACAUCAGCAAUCUUUAUGCACAUUACCUGUUCAAUUACAUGUUUUAAAAUCAGGAGCAUACUCCAAAAAAUUAAAAUGUUUUGUUUAAGGGUUCUUUUUAUUGUUAUGCUUUAAUUAUAGUACAUUAUAUUACAUAUGCAUCAUAUGUCAGGUACCUACAAUGAUAAUUGUCUUUGUUUUCAUUCAAAAUCAUACAAGUAUUUUAAGUAUGUAGAGUUUUUUGCAUUUAAAAAUAGCAUUGGGAAAUUUAAGAUUCAAAUACCUGUGUCAGAACACUUUAAAAAAUGGUAAUAUUUACAAUCUACACUGAACACACUAAUGUGCAAGACAAUUUUAGCCAUGUCAGGAUUACAUUUCCUUGCUCAUAAACCAUUAACAUUAUUUUCCUUUUCUUUUAGUUAAUGUAUUAUCUCAUGUUCUGCUUGAUUACAUAAGAUCAAAUACUGUUUCACUGAUUCCAUGCAAAUUUCCUUUUCAUCAUAAAAAUAGUAAGAUGUUGACAUUUUUCUCAUCACUGCAUAACCAAAUUUACAUAACCAAAACUGCUCUAUGCCCGACAUUGACGUUACCUUUAAGUCUCCAUUCCAUGUAAUAAAGAACAUAUGGUUCUAAAAAUCAAAA